CAGCGGAGCGCGGCGACGGCGACCGGUGGCGACGGCGGCGCAGGGUAGCGUAGCAGUCGACCAGGCCGACAUACCACACGCACGCACACCCGAGGCCAGACUCAGGCACGGCAACGGGUCACGGAGAGCUCGCCGCGGCAGGGACGUGACGUGUGUGGUGGUGGACGGCGCUCGCGUGGCUCAGUUUUUUUUCCCCGUUUCCCCCCCUCCCUCCUCCGCUCUCCAGUCCAGGGAAAGCUCCCGCCCUCGCCGCUCGGGGAGCGGCAGAGAAAUGCGACGGCGAUGCCCCCCUUCCUCCCCUCGCUGCCCCUCCCAGCCCUAACCCUAUCCCUACCCCUGCCCCCCGCCCCCGCCCCUCGCCGCCACCGCGUCUUCGCCGCCGCCGCCGCCGGCCGCGUCUGCGUCUGCGCCGCCUACAGGCCCCCGCCGCGGCAGCCCUACCGCCGCCAGCCCGCCCCCGCCCCGGCCCCGCGCCCGCCCAAUGCGCCCGCGCCGCCGCAGCGCGGCCCGCGGGGCCAGGAGGAGCUCGAGGAGGCGAUCUACGACUUCAUGCGCCGCUCCGACAAGCCCGGCGCCUUCCCCACCCGCGCCGAGCUCCUCGCCGCGGGGCGCGCCGACCUCGCCGCCGCCGUCGAGUCCAGCGGAGGCUGGCUCUCCCUCGGAUGGUCCUGGUCCUCCGACGACGACGCGCGGCGGCCGGCUGCGUCAACGGCCGGCCCCGGCGUGCACCCUGAAUACCCGCCCGAGGCGGGUCCUUCUGGCCGACCGCCAAACUCGGCCGCGGAUUCCGUAAGGGAGCAGCAGGAACCGGCGCCGUCUGGGAGGCAGCCGGAGACGGAGGAGACAGAGGAGGCAGGGUCUGGGGCAGGCCUGGAGGGAAUGCUCGCCAGGCUGCGGAGAGAGAGGGAGCGUGCGCGGCCACCGCCACGCAGCAAGAAUCAAGCGGGAGGGCGAGGUCAAAAUGGCGCUUUAAUGAACCAUAAUGGAGCUCCUAGUCGAAGUCCAACUAAUGGCAUGUACACUCGAAGGAUACCUGUGAAUGGAAAUAUACACCGCUCUCAUUCUCAAAAUGGAAUACCAGAGGACAACAAAUCAAGUAGUUCGGCCAAUGAUGCAUGGCGAACAUGGUCUCUUGACAAGAGUCGGUUUUCUGAUUUUGAAGCCGCUGAGAUCCAUCCUUUGAGCAGAAAACCACCAAAACAUGUUGACCUGAACACUGUGUUGAUAGAAGAUGAUGUUCCUGGACCAUCUAAUGGUGUGGUUAUAAAUGAUUAUCCUAGUGAUCAUGUAGACUCUGAAAGAGAUGAGAUACAUGCACGUUUUCAAAAUUUGGAAUUCGAUCUUGCAGAUUCUCUUAAGACAUUAAGAUCAAGAUUUGAUGGAGUUUCGUCAUAUAUGUCAAAUGGCGAAGAAGCAGAUGUGGUAAAUGGGUUCUCUGAUGAUUGGGAAUUUGAAGAGACAAAAGUAAUGCAUGCCCAGGAAGAAUUACGGACAAUCCGUGCUAAAAUAGCAGUAUUAGAAGGCAAGGUGGCGCUAGAAAUAAUUGAGAAGAACAAAAUAAUUGAAGAAAAGCAAACGAGGCUUGAUGAAGUUGAGAAGGCUUUGAGUGAGCUCCGCACAGUAUCUGUUGUAUGGCCCAAUCCUGCUUCAGAAGUUCUAUUGACCGGUUCUUUUGAUGGGUGGACAAGCCAAAGAAGGAUGGAACAAUCAGAAAGCGGCAUUUUUUCGUAUAACCUGAGGUUGUAUCCCGGUAGAUAUGAGAUUAAAUUUAUUGUUGAUGGUGUUUGGAAGAACGACCCGCUGCGCCCUAGCGUGAACAACCAUGGGAACGAAAACAACCUUAUGAUUGUCACUUGACCUGCAUCCUUGUAGCAACUGUGUAGAUUAUAGAUUGUCAUCAACAAUGAUUGGUGCCAACUGAUUAGAUCUCUUCUUUCUUCCGUGUAGCUUAUCAGUUUUUCCUGCCUGUCGUUUCUUCAUUAUUUCUUAGAGAGCCACACACAACUUCAGGGUGUUGUCUUCGCCCCGCUGAGAUGGGAGAAGAAUGUAGCUGUUGGUGUGUGUGUUCUUUCCUUCCCCCUCUUUCAUCUCCCUGGAGAAGCAUAGUGGGGCACUCGAACGCCCCGGUGGCGGUUGGGGGUAGUUUGCCGUCGGUGUCUCGGGUGUGUGUAACAAUGUACAUAUCCCGUGAUAGCAAAGUUGUCCAUGGUUA